AUGAGUGCCCGGGCCACGCGGCCCCGAAGCCGGCGAGGGAGGCAUGCUGCACCUGGCGAGCUGGACCCUGUGGCUGAGAGUUCAGAGGAGGCCGAGGCAGCCGGCGGGAGUGCCAGGUCCAGCCCCAUGCCACCUCCGGAGAACUCUGGGCCGGAGCCCCUGGGCCUCGUGGUGCAGGUCAGGGGCCAAGGCCGAGGGAGCAGGACCAGCACGGAGACAGAUGCGGACUCCAGCAGGGGGGCUGCCUCGGCCCCUGAGGGGCCCCCCAAGCCUGCAGUGGAGGCCUGCCAAGCUCUGGAUGUAGCCCUACAGGACAGGGAGCCUGGCCUCUCCGGGACCGGGGCUUCAGACGUGUUCCGGGCGCUCCAGUGUGCUCUGAGCUCCCUGGAGGCCACCGCUGCUGCCUGGCGCCACCGGCCCGAGGGUCAUCUUGGGCCAGUGGGGGUGGAGGGCCCCAGCGAGCAGGGACCCGGGCCCCUCAGGAAGCAGGAGUGGGCCAGCGGCUGCCCGCGAGAGGCAGCCCGCCUGGCUGAGAGGAACGCGUGGCUCCGGCUGGCCCUGAGCAGUCGUGAGGAGGAGCUGGUCCGCACACGAGCGUCGCUGCAGGCUGUCCGGGUGGAGCAGGAGGCGCUGAAGAGGGAGGUUCGAGAGCUGCAGGAGUCACUGCCAAGGCCGGAGCUCUUCCCACGCCCCGCCCACAGCCAGAUGGGUGGCUCGGGCAGUGGUUCCAGCAGCUCUGGGGUAAACGCAGAGCCCUGGGAGCCUCAGGAAUCCUUUUCCCUGGCACACCCCCUGCUUCGGCACCUCCAAAGCGACUCCAGCACCCAGAUCCUCGGGUCUCUGCCCACUCAGCCCCUCACCCCUGAGAUGCGUUCCAUGGAAGCCCAGACGGAGCAGCGCCGAGGGCGCAUUGAGAAGCUCAAAUGCUUCAACCGCCUGCUGCUGGCCGUGCUCCAGGGAUACAAGGGCCGCUGUGAGGGCCUCAGCAUGCAACUGGGCCAGCGGGAGGCUGAGGCCACAGCCCUGCGUCUGGCCUUGCAAUACAGUGAGCGCGCUGAGGAAGUGCAUGGGGCCCUGCUGGCUCUGCAGGAGGCUGGCUCAGGAGUGGGGCCCCAAGCCCCCAUGGGUGACCACCUGCAGGCAGCUGAGCAGGAGGCAUGGAGGCUGCUGGCCCAAGAGGAGGCUGCCGCGGAUGAAGGGGCACUGCAGGAUCCACAGCCAAGCCCCAAGGGCAGCAGCGUGGCUAAGUCCACACCACAGGAGGUGGCCAUCCAGCUCCGAGGCUGUGCCCAGCGUCUCCAGGAGCGCCGUGCUCUGGUGAAGAUUCCCCCAGAGCCCGGCCCCAUCUUGGCACCUGUGCCCACUGUGCCCCGGGUAGAAGCAAUGGUGCAGGCCAUUCUGGAGACCCAGCCUGGCCCAGCCCUGCCCCAGCUGGAGAAGAGGCAGAUUCAGCAGGACCUGGUGGCCACGCGGGAGACUCUGGUGGACCUGACGCUGCAGCUACAGCUGGUGCGGUGGGAGAAGCGAGGCCUUGAGCUGCGGGAGGCUGCCCUCCGAGCCCAGGGCCCGGCUUACCUGCUCCUGCUGGAGCAGCUGCGGUGGGAGCAGGCGCAGCUCGGGAUGGCAGCUGCGGACGGCAGCGGCGGGGGCAGCAGUGGCGGCGCAACCAGCGGGGACGAGGAGGAGUGGUCCCAGGGCCCUCCUGUGGUCCCUGGUGGCACUGGUGGAGACCCAGUGGGCAGAGGGUGGGACCCUGAGAAGCUGGCCCAGGAGCUGGCAGCGUCGCUGGCCAGGGCCCGGGACCUGCGGGAACAGCUGCAGGAGCGGCGGGAGGAGCUGGCACAGGCGGUUCAGAAAGGACGCGCUCGCCGGGCCCAGAGUGCGGAGCUGAGCAGCGACCUGUGCAAAGCUCACAGCGCCCUGGUCCUGGCCUUCAGAGCGGCCCACCAGAAGCAGGAGGAACAGCUCCGGAGGCUGGAGGAGCAGGCGGGGAGGAUGCAGACCUGGCAGGCCGAGGAGCUGGUGGGGCUGGAGGCCGCCGCGAGGGCCCAGGGAAAGGCCAGGCCUCCCCGCCUCGGGGAGACAUUCCUGUAG